UCCUGCUUCUUUGCAUGAAACCUCUUCUCUUCUCUUGCCACGACUCAUCUCCCCAUACCCUCUCACACUUCCUCCCUUCAACUUUUGUCCACUUAUUGCAAUAUUUUAUACAAGUUUUUAACUUAUUCUCAUGUCUGUAUCUAUACUCAAACUCCAUAUAUAGACCAAAUGCAAUAUCUUCUGUUAUCAUCUUGCACUCAUCUCUCAGACCAAAACACAAAACACACACAAACAAGAAGAAGAAAAACCAUGGACGUCGCGAUGAGACCAACGGUGGAUAUUCCACCGAGAAAGCUUCUCUUGGCUGAGUCUUCCCCUCGUUAUUCGCCGCGUAAGCAUAAUUGGAACAGCAAGGUCAGCAACAAGAUCGCCAUACCUGAGCGUGAAGAAGAAAAAGAAGACAACAAUAACAGCAAGGAGACUACUAAAGAGUAUUGUUAUGAUUCCGACACCGAUGAUCCUUACGCAAGCGAACAUUUCCGUAUGUUCGAGUUCAAGAUCCGACGUUGCACACGUAGCCGGAGCCACGACUGGACUGAUUGUCCUUUCGCUCAUCCCGGAGAGAAAGCUCGCCGUCGUGACCCUCGUCGGUUUCAAUACUCAGCUGAGGUUUGUCCCGAGUUUCGUCGUGACGGUGAUUGCAGCCGUGGAGACGACUGUGAGUUUGCUCAUGGAGUCUUCGAGUGUUGGCUACAUCCUAUUCGUUACCGUACUGAAGCUUGUAAAGACGGUAAACACUGUAAAAGAAAAGUCUGUUUCUUUGCUCAUUCGCCACGUCAGCUUAGGGUUCUUCCACCGGAAAAUGUUUCCGGCGGCUCAGCCUCAGCUUCUCCGGCCAAGAACCCUUGUUGCAUGUUUUGUAGCAGCUCUCCGACGAGCACUCUUUUGGGUAAUUUGUCUCAUCUGUCUCGAUCUCCGUCCUUAUCUCCACCUUUGUCUCCGGCUUCUCACAAAGCCGCUGCCUUUUCGCGGCUGAGGAACCGCGCCGCUUCUACUGUUUCAGAAGCUGUUUCUGCUGCAGCAGCAGCUGGGUCGGUUAACUAUAAUGAUGUUUUAACCGAGCUUGUGAACUCGUUGGACUCGAUUAACCUAGCGGAAGCAUUGCAUGUGAGUUCCUCUUCUCCCGUUACAACGCCUGUUUCUGGCGCCGCUGCGGCUGCGUUUGCAUCAUCCUGCGGUUUGAGCAACCAGCGUCUCCAUCUCCAGCAACAACAAAGUAGUCCUUUACAAUUUGCCCUCUCGCCUUCCACUCCAAGUUACCUAACCAACUCGCCUAGGCCGAACAUCUUCAGUGGAGAAUUCACUCCUCCCCAGAGACAAAUAAACGAGUUCACGGCAGUCAGGGACAAGACUAGUUUUGAGGAUGGUUCUUGUGGUGACCCUGAUCUUGGAUGGGUCAAUGAUCUCUUGACCUAAUCCUAAAACGUGGAAGGUGGAUGAGAUUUGACGUUCAUUUCGGCGAUCGAUCAUGGGGAAAAUAAUGAUUUCCACGGAAGCUAAUCAAGAAUCAUCUGUGUAUUGUCGUUUACAUUUUAGAAUUCUCUUUCUGGUGGAUUUUUAUCCAAUAAUAUGUAAUGAUCUUGUAAUACUAUUACUAUAUGUGGCUUCGGAUUGUG